AUGGCAGGUGGAACCAUUCUGCUCCCCGUUGCAAAACUCGCGUGGAACUUCAGGCGAGAGCUUGCGAAGUUUAAGGGCACCGUCUCCACCAUCCAGGCAGUGCUCCUUGAUGCAGAAGAGCAGCAGUCUCACCGUCACCAAGUCAAAGACUGGCUUGAGAAGCUCUCCGACGUCAUGUAUGAUGCUGACGACAUGCUCGACGAUCUCGCUACCGAGGCUCGCAGGAAGGCCCUGCUAGUAGUAGCAACGGAUGAUGAUGGUGGUGGCAAGAGCAUGACAACGACAACAACAACAACUACUACUACUUGUUGGAGUUUGGUAUGCUUCCUCUUCUCCUCACUUCCCAAACAGCUGGCUUACGAUCUCAAGAUGGCUGGUGAGAUCAAGGCCAUAAGGGAGAAGCUCGAUGAUAUAUCGAAGGACAAAGCGACUUUGCAUCUGGAAGUUCAUCCAACCGAGGAUGAAGCUCUUCCUUCCAGGGAGACGGCUUCCUACCCACCCACAAUCGUGGUUGGGAGGGAAGACGACAAGAAGAAUAUCAUUCGACUACUACUGAAUUCCAAUCUUAACGCCAACGUUGCGGUCAUCCCCAUAGUUGGCAUGGGCGGGCUGGGAAAGACCACUCUCGCUCAACUCGUACUUGCUGACUAUCGAGUUCGCGAUCACUUUGUUAUCAGAGCCUGGGUCUACGUUUCGCAGAGCUUUAAUGUCAGAACGAUCCUCGAAAAGAUGCUGCUAUCGGUUAGUCCUCAAAGUCGGACAGAUAUUUCGCUGGACAAUACGCAAACUCAACUCCGGGAGAAAAUUGUUAACAGGAGGUUUUUGUUUGUGCUGGACGACGUGUGGGAGGAGAAUGACAGCCACUGGCAGUGUUUGGCAACGUAUUUGGUGAUUGGUGCUCCUGGAAGCAAAGUGCUGGUGACUACUCGAUCAAAACAAGUUGCCAAGGCUGGUGGCAGCGCUCUAAAGUCGGAAACGAGUGCUAGCAUUGUGGAACCAUACCACCUGAAAGGCUUGUCAAAAGAAGAGUGCUGGAAUUUGUUGGUGAAGAAGCUGCACCCGAGAAAAGUCCCACAAGACCAGAAAGUGCAAGAAGUCGGCAAGCAAAUACUGAGCAAGUGUCAUGGAGUUCCUCUAGCAGUGAGCACCAUUGCUGGCGUGUUGGCAGAUUCAAGAGAUCCCAAGACCGAGUGGCCAUCUUUCCUACAAAAGAACAUUUUGAGCAUCAGGAAAGAAGGAGGAGGAGGAGGAGGAGAAGAAGAAGAUCCAACUAUGUCAGCUCUCCAACUCAGCUUCAACCAUCUCCCUUCUCACAUGAAACAUUGCUUUACUUACUGUAAGCUGUUCCCAAAGGGGUUUCGAUUCGACAUUCGAAUGUUGGUUCAACUCUGGGUCGCACAAGGUUACGUCGAGUCGGAAGAUAAAGGCUUCGAGUGCUUCAAAAUAUUGUGGUGGAGGUCGUUUUUCCAAGAGAGGACUGUCCUUGUCACUCCGCUCUCUAAGUUGACCGAAGUGGUACUUAGGGACAUGGACGACUUGGAAUCUUUGCCAGAAGAAGGCCUCUGCAACCUCACUUCUCUUCGAGAAUUAUACGUUGCAAAUUGUCCGAGAUUAGCAUCCCUGUCUCCAGCAAUGCAACACCUCACCUCCCUGCAGUCAUUGUUUAUUCGGCAGUGUGCAGAGGUGACAAAAAGAUGCAAGGAGGAAGAUUGGCCCAACAUUUCUCACAUCCCAUGGAUACGACUGGACCGCGAGAUACUCCAGGAUAAUACAGGUUAG